UUCGCGGGAAGCCACGAAAGUUUGCGACUUUUCCCGAGUUGGUCACAUUCCCGAAGGGGAGAGAAGGACGCGCCAAGUUUUCGUGCACGAACUCACCGACUGUCAGUCUGUCCACGCUUGCAGAGGAAACAUGAGUCAGGGAAAAGACCUGGACUCCUUAGGGAGCUGGAACCCCAUGGAGGAGGACUUCACUUCUCCCACCUUCAACAGCUACGACCGCGGCCCGGGGGCCAACUUCCCCAACGGACUGUCUCCUGCCUCAAGGAAUGGCGGGGACAGUGAUAGAUCGCAGUCUGAGAACAUCUCCCUCUAUGUAUCUGGUAUCCCACUGGAGAUGGAAGCGGAUGGAGUGAAGCACUUUUUUGGCCAAGUAGCUACACCAGUAUCUGUCAGGAUAAUGAGUUCUAAAAGCUAUGAAAAUGGUUCUACAUAUUGUUUUGUAGAUAUGGCUUCAGUGAGAGAUGCGGAUGCUGUGAUGAGGGAAUUUGACCAGAAGCCAUGCGGCAGGUUCAAGUUGACUGUCAGACCAUCCAAUCGCAAACCUCAGAGUGGGGAGUCACGCCCCUCACGAGAGCCACAGAAGGUUUCGCUUUAUGCGACACAGGGACAGUCUCAAAGGAACUACAGCUCCUCCGACAGUGGGUCCCAGAAAGACGUGCGCUCCCCGCAGCCCGCCAUACGAACCCUCGAGAACCGCUAUGGCAAGAGUUCUUCGCCCGCCGUGGUGGACCGAGACCCCCGGGGCAGGCGCCUGAGCGGUGGGGCAGACUCCCCACCCCCCCUGGACGGCGACAGGCCGACAGUGAAGCGCAGCAACAGCUCGGGAAGGCUGGACAUGGCCGGGUACGAGCCCGGGUCGUUCUCCUCGUUCUCCAACAAGUACAGCCAGUUCAAAGGCAGCAUGGCGGGAGGGCGGGAGAGGAGUCCCCACACCCAGGCUGCAGUACCGGAGAGUUCCACCAGGCGGCAGUCUUAUCCAAGCCCUCAGAACGGUCCACACCCUGGGGGAGUGAGGCGUAGCUACUCCCAGAGUAACGUAUCCGACCGGCAGUCGAGUGGCGAGUUUAAUCGCGGGAGCUUCAGCGACAGAGGGUACGGCCGAGAUGGCCAAGUGUCGCCAUCAAAGCCGGUGUCACAGCGUCCAGCCAGCUUUGAUCAGCCGGGACAGACUACAGCUGCAGGGGUUCGGACCAGUCCAAGUGUGCCUGAGAGGAGGGGAGGGGACAGGAUGGAAACAGGGAUGCCCGCUCCCCAGGGAUCCUAUACCAACGGGACACGUGAAGAGCUGGGAGACUCCCGGCAGAAGCCUGGUACACUACAGCAUCUUAGUUCUCCUGAGAAGCCUCGCGACCGUGCGACCUCCCCCGAGCGUCCGGCCCUGCCCUGCCUCCUGUGUGGGCAGCAGGGGAAGUCCAGGUGUGGCCGGUGUAAGAAGCCGUACUGCGGGAAGGAGUGCCAGAGGAAACACUGGCCUGAGCACAAGAACCACUGCAGGCCUGUGGAACAAAGUGAGGACAUCCUCUCUGGGUUUGAGAACUUCGACGUCUCUGCCGGGGACGACGUGAAGGAGAAGAUGGACCACCUGAUGGCCUUGUCAGGCAUGCACAUGGUGUCUGUGACAGAGGUUGUGAGUCCAGAAGACAUCUCAGUCCACAUUGUUCACCAUGAGACCAUACUGAAACUGGCUGAACUGAUGGGUCACAUGGUACAGACAUAUGAGGGGACUACCAAUGAGGGAAACAAUGCUUAUCAUCCACAGGCAGGAGAGUUGUGUGCUGCUAAGUUCAGUGAUGGUGGCUGGUACAGGGCCAGUGUGGAUGGUGUGAACCCUGACGGCACCUUGGCCGUGACAUACGUUGACUUUGGGAACAGUGAAAGCAUCUCGGUAUCGAGGGUCCGCAAGUUGAACCCAGGAAUGGCAAAGUUACCAUUACUGGCAGUGAAGUGCAGCCUUCUAGCGUUGGCAGGCAAGGGAGGGAGUGUCUGGAGCCCAGAAAUGGUGAACUUCCUGAAAACUAACAUUGUCAACAAGGAAUGUAACGUCACCAUGAAGGAGGAACAAGGUGGCACGGCUUUGGUGGACAUGGUCGUAAUCGACACAGGCAAGUCUGUGGCAGAGAUGGUUGUUGAGUCAGGACUGUUCGUUCCAUGCCAGAAGCCCCCACCUCCCCCACAAGACCCUCAGGAAGACUUUGGGUUUCUGGUAACCCACAUUGACAGCCCUGCAUCUUUCUAUGGACAGGUUGGCCUUGGUGCAGACAUGAAGUCGGUGGCAGAGGAUCUUGGGAAAAAGAUGGAGCUGAUAGCAGGACUGCCUGAAGCCAUCUUACAGAGCAACAAGCAGGAGCCGUACAUGCCUCAGGUUGGUGAGCUGUGCUGUGCUCUGUGGGAGACAGACCGGAUGUGGUACCGUGCAGAGGUGGUGCAAGUCGUGUCGGAGAGCCAGCUGAAAGUUUUCUUCCUGGAUUACGGGAACACUGAGACUGUGACAACAGCCAACACUCGCCCAAUCCCGGACAGUUUCACCCAGUGUCCCGCACUGGCACUGCACUGCAAGCUAGCAGGUGUGUCACCAGUAAACAGUGACAGCUGGUCACAGCAGGCAACUGGAGUCUUCAAAGACCUGACCAAGGACAAGUUGAUCAUGGGAACACCCGUUAGAAGGGAGGGUGACGUGCUGUCUGUGGAGCUGAAAGACUUCGCUACAGGCAGUGCACAGAAGGGCCGUGUGCAGAAGAUGACUCGUGUGAAGCCACCGACGUCAGGCCGGUUCGACGUGCUGCUGAAGUGUGUCAGGUCUCCCGGGCUGUUCUUCUGCCAGCUGACAGAACCCUCAGGUGUGCACGAGUUGCAGAUGUUGAUAAAUGAGAUAACUCACCACUGCCAAGGCCUGCCCAUGGACCCAUCGUACAUCCCCGACAUUGGAGAGAUCUGCUGCGUGAAUUCUCCUGAUGGUAAGACCUGGCUGAGAGCUGAGGUCCAGGAGCACCGCGUCUCCAACAAGGUGCAGAUCGAGUGUGUUGACAUCGGGAAGCAGGUGCAAGUGAGCCAGGCCAGACUGCGGCCUGCACUGCCCCAACAUACGGAGCUUCCACUGCAGGUGUUCCAGGCCAGCCUGGCGGGUGUGGAGCCUAUAGGGGAGUGGUCCAGGGAUGCAACAGCACUGAUGUCUAGAUAUGUGGAUAAUCAGAGACUCACCGCAAAAGUUGUCGGACAAGAAGGAGACCGUUACCUGCUAGACCUGUGGGACUGUGCCAGUGGACAGGAGUGUAGCCUGUCUACGAUGCUGUGUGAGGAGGGAUGGGCCAACAAGAUCAUGCCGCAGAGUCCCGAAGGAACCCCGCCUCCCCGUCGAAAGCAGCCACAGAAGAGCAGCCAACCGCCAACUCCGUUACAGAAUGGGCACAGUGGAGGGCAUCCCAGCCCAGUGGAGGGAAUGCGCAUCCCGAAUGGGGGCGUGCACCACACAACGCCCCCUGCAGCAGCAGUUGGUAUUGCAGACGGCGUGCAGAGGGUUGACCACGCAGCGCCCCCAGUGGCAGCAGUUGGUACUGCAGGCGGGUCAGACCUGGUCAGUAUCCCAAGAUCAGAGUGGCAGGAGAUGAGGGCACUGAUGGCCCAGCAGCAGCGGCAGCUGGCACGGGUCUGCACGCUUCUGGAGCAGCUGGUGUGCGAGAAAAGAAGCUGAGCAGAGACAACACACCCCAGCACUUAGUUGGGCCACACUGAUUUAAUUUUGUGGAUGACAUCCUCUCACAUCCCCCAAACUAGUGCAUGUGAGCAAGUAAAGGAAAUUCCAGCCACAAACAAAAAAUGCUGCUAAUCCACAGGAGUACAAAUCUUGGAAUUUGUGGUAGUACUGUGGUACAUGACUACUAUUAGGACAAGCUGGUACAUGCUGGGCUUUUGCGGCAUUUAUGAGUCGGCACUGUACUGAGUUCUUGAGUUCCGUGGAGCUUCAGCAGUCUGGGUGUUGUCCUCCAUAGUUACGGCUGGCUCCCUACUACUGUGGCUAGCCACCAUGAUGGACUAUGGAGGAUCACUCAGGCCAGAGCCUCAAAACAGGCAAAAAUCUAUGCACACACAGAUGUCAUCCAUAGAAUUAAAUCUGUGUGGCCUUAGUUGUUGCAGAGCUUUUACUAGGUUGGUAAGCAACUACAAAGAGUUCAGAGUGACAUAUCAUGAAGUGAAGGAAGUACAAUACAUGUUUGACCGAGAGAUUUAACCUCAAGUGCUUUUCUCUGUGCAUGCACUGAAGUUACACAAGAAAGGAAGGGUAUUUGGAGGUUCACAACAGUCAGGUGUGCCAGGGUUUAGUUGAUGCCAUAUGUCUUGUUGAAAAGAUGUUCUUGUGUAAGAUGUAAAGUCAAAGUACCAAAGUAUGUUGAAAGUAUGUGAAGAUGGCAAUAAGUUUUGCCAUCAUACAUGGUAUUUUUUUUAUUUUUUGUUGAAAGCAAAAAAAAGACUUUAUACUUGAUACCUAGUGAGUAUUGAAGUACUCUACAAAAAAGCUCAGAACAAAGCUUUGAAACCUUUAGUUUUCUACCCUUUUUUAUGGUAUAUUUUUGUAUUUCAAGGUUUCUCGGAAGUUUUGGCCAUCUGGACAUGUUGCAAGGAUCAGCUGUUAACAAAAUACAGUUGUACUCAGGGAUUACAAAAGGUACACUUUAAAAGAGCCAGGGGUUAAGAGGUGUUGCAGUUGACUUGAAAAAGCAGCAUAGGGCUCUGUUAAGAUGGGCAUUUUUUUGUAUCAGUACCAGUUAAGCAUGAAGCGUAGGCAAAACAUGAGUGAUUGUAAACAAGGCAUUGUGAUGAUUACUGAUAAUAGAUAGAAAAGAUAAGAAGGCAAUCAUGAACAGUACUACAAUGUAUCCUGUUGCUUUAAAAGAAUAAAUCAUGAUGAAAAGUUCCUCCUUUGCAGUCUUGUUGGGUGUCAGCAUUAUUUUUUUCUGUGACCGACUCGAGUGUAACAUGGAGGGACUGGAAGCAGUCU